CGUUUGACUUAUAAUCCCUCACCAGGGAAAUCGGCGGGAUGUUGCAUAUUUUAAAUGACAGAUGAUCUACAAGAGCAAUGGUCUUUUCUGUUGCGGAUUCUUGAAUGGUAAUUGGAACUGGUGCAAAAAAACAUAAAUGUUAUGCAACAGACACAACUAUCUGUAGUUGGACAUAGUGAACAUUAUUUUCCCGGAUAGAUGGAUACGUACAAAGUUUGUGGGUGUUUCAGAAGGAAGUUCAGAGCAGGCUCAGCUGAGCCACCCGGAGAAAUAAAGGACUUGUUCCAAAACUUUUCUGAAAAUGGUGUUAUGAGCGUUACCCAUCUGCAGAAAUUUCUCGGAGAAGUGCAGGGUGAAGCUGAAGCAUCCGAGUUGGACGCUCAGAUGACAAUAGAUGCUCAGAAGCCAAUAGAUGUUCAUAGAUUGCGAUCAUUUUUCACUGUUACAGUUUCUCAACGAGGGCUCGACCUCGAUGCUUUCUUGCGUUACUUGUUCAAUGAUGACCGUAAUUUACCUGUAAGAUCUAAUGAGGUUCACCAUGAUAUGACAGCACCAUUGUCUCAUUACUUCAUAUACACGGGACAUAAUUCAUAUCUAACAGGUAAUCAACUGAGCAGCGACUGUAGUGAUGCUCCUAUUAUCAAAGCUCUUAAAAAAGGUGUACGGGUCAUCGAGCUGGAUAUUUGGCCAAAUUCAUCAAAAGAUAACAUACUUGUUCUCCAUGGAAGGACUUUGACUACUCCUGUAGACUUUAAGAAAUGUCUCGAUUCAAUAAAAAUGCACGCCUUUGAUGCAUCCCCAUAUCCAGUCAUAAUUACUUUGGAGGAUCACCUAACCAAAGAUCUUCAAGCCAAAGCAGCAGAGUUGAUCAUUGAAACCUUUGGGGAAUUGCUCUAUUAUCCAAAAGAUUCAGAAGACUUGGAAGAAUUCCCAACACCAGAAUCCUUGAAAAGACGCAUCAUCAUCUCAACCAAACCUCCAAAAGAAUAUUCAGAUUCUAAGACUGCUGAAAUUAAGGCAAAUGGGGACAAGUUGAAACAAAAAACACCUGAUGAAGAACCUUGGGGUGAUGAAAUCCCAGAUUAUCGUGGGAAUGUGCCAAGUGAAGGAAAGGGUCCAAAUGGCCUCGAGCCAGUUGCAGAAGAUUCUGAUGACGACGAAGAGACUUUGCAAAGAAACCCAGAUAAAGAUGCAGCACCCGAGUACAAGCGCCUUAUAACAAUUAGAGCAGGCAAGCCAAAAGGGGGAAGUUUGAAGGAUGCCAUCAAAGUGGACGAGAAGCAAGUCAGACGUGUUAGUUUAAGUGAACCACAGCUUGAAAAGGCUGCCAGUUCUCAUUCAAGUCAUCUGGUUAGAUUCACUCAGAAGAACAUCUUGAGAGUAUAUCCAAAGGGUACUCGGGUUGAUUCCUCAAAUUAUAACCCUUUGAUUGCUUGGUUUCAUGGGGCUCAGAUGGUAGCCUUAAAUAUGCAGGGAUAUGGAAGGCCACUUUGGUUGGUUCAUGGUUUUUUCAGAGCCAAUGGAGGCUGUGGUUAUGUCAAAAAGCCUGAAUUUUUAUGUCCAAAUGGAUCUGAAAUUGGAAAUGAUGAUCAAAGCAUUUUUAAUCCAAAUGCAGAGAGGCCACUUAAGAAAAAAUUAAAGAUCAAAAUAUAUAUGGGAGAUGGUUGGACUCAGGACUUUAAGAAAACACAUUUUGACACCUAUUCUCCUCCUGACUUUUAUACCAGGGUUGGGAUUGCUGGUGUGCCUGCUGAUACAGUCAUGAAAAAAACACAGACAAUUGAAGAUAACUGGACCCCACACUGGAAUGAGGAAUUUGAGUUCCCGUUAACUGUUCCUGAAUUAGCUCUGCUUCGAGUUGAAGUCCACGAGUAUGAUAUGUCUGAGAAAGAUGACUUCGGUGGUCAAACAUGCCUACCUGUCGCAGAAUUGAAGAAAGGGAUUCGCACGCUUCCUUUAUAUGAUAAGAAAGGAGAAAAAUACAAGGCUGUAAAACUUUUAGUGCGAAUUGAAUUUGUUUCAGUUUGACUGUCAUUCUUACAAUAGGACGAGUGUUCUGUAACACACGAGUGUUCUGUAACACACGAGUGUUCUGUAACACAUGAACGUGAGUGUAGUUGUAUAGGAAAUCUUCUUGAGAUUUAAAUCAUAAGCUGUUCUUUAAGAUAACAAGUGUGUAAUAUCUGUACUUCGUAGAAUAUAAAUCUUGUGCCUGAAGGAAUCAUUCAAGAUUAUUAAAAUAUAUUUCUACUGGCAAGACUGGAUUUCUUA